UUCAAAGAUUCCGAUCGGGGCACUGUAAAUUAUGAGUCUCAACUCCUGCCCUAUAAAUACGGCUCUGCUCAUGGCCACAACCGUCUUGCAAUCGUCCUCACUCCAGGUCUCCCUUCGGCCUUCCUAUCAUGGGUUUCUUCAACUUGUUUCAUGAUCUUUCCAAGUCGAGCGUCGAACACCAUGUUUCAUUGGACCUCACGAUGCCACAAUGUUCCCGCACAACACCUAUCCAUAUUUCCUAUUCACCGACUUCCACGACUCGCAUGCCUUUAGAACUUGUUAUGAACAUAAUGGAACUCGCCUACGAUGAACACAAACUCGAGGAGCGAAAAUCGUUUCUCAAGUCGUGUGCAUUAGUCUGCAGGGACUGGUCGAUACCGGCUCAGAAGAUGCUCUUUCGUCAUGUCGCGCUCUGCACGGAGACCUCUUGUAUUGCCUUUACGGCUGCUAUCAAUCCAGCAACCGCGCGUGGUCGUAUGCUUGCAGGUGCCGUUCAGUGUAUGCGUGUAUCAAUAGACCACAACCAGCCUUUUGGUCUUUCCCAACGAACAUUCGCUCGCGCCGUCACCCUUUGCCCGAACUUGACCGAGUUGAACUUGGCUCUUUACGGUUGUGGUGCACCGGGGAACGAUAUCGUCGGUUCACCAGAUGUUCUUCGUAUGCGACGGCAUGCACCCUCAUUUGACGAAGAGACUCUUGAUCUUCUUAGGUCAGGUCCUCGCAUCUCUGCCCUGACGUUCCGUAAUUGGUCGGAGAACAGGCAAUCAAUUAUGCAGCUCCUUAGCAUAUGGCCUACUCUCGAGUCUCUUGUAAUCAGCGGAACUGCCCCGGAGCUUCCUUCGCCUCCAUCCGAUCCUUUCCCGUGUGCUCUGUCGGAGCUUCGCGUGAACCUCCAGUCUUCCUCUUCGGUCGAUUUCUUCAAAUGGCUUUUACACAAUUCGUCUCAUUCCCUUCGGAAACUCGAUUUCGAACGCGAGCUCUCUCCCGUGGCCGCACAGUACCUCAUCGAUAGCCACAGCUCCACACUCGAGUCCGUUCAUCUUGCCUCAUGUACUCGCGAGAUUGCGCAAUCCCUCUCCAAGUGCCCGAACCUCAGACAGUUGAGCGUUGAGGACAUCACGUCGUAUCCUGUCGUCUACAAGAAGCUCUCGGAUAAACUGGAGAGCAUGGCGUUUGGACUCAACAAGGACACGCAGACACAAGCCCUCCUUGACGCUAUCAAAGCGAAGGGAUUACUUCGCGCUGUGACGGUUCAUUUAUGGAACGGAGGCGAACUUCAUCGACAACUGCCUUCUCUGAAGAUGACAUGUGCCUUGCGUGGAAUUGAUUUAAGCUUAACGCACGAUAUCCGGGACUUCCGUUCUAUGAUUAGAGCGGAGUAAAGUCCUGACGCUGACUCAUUCUUCUCACCAUUAAUUUUGUUGUGACUCCUUCGGCUUUCGACCUUUCUAGUUUUGUCGCACCCUUCCGCACGUAUCUGUACGCGACUCUCAUAAUCUGCUUCUGUCAAACAAGCUGCACUGUAUCAUAACCCAGCACCUUCACGAAUUCCUCGACGCAAAACCCUGUUUUUCUCCGUUCAUUCCUCGGGAGAGGUUGACCUCAGAACGCAGAAACCGGUUCCCCAGGGUGACUGUCGCACAAAUCCAAAUGCUCCCACUUGACGACACUUACGACCCCCUCGCUGUAUCAACACCCGACUCAACGACUACAGUAUAUAUAAUAUCCCGUUUCGUUUCUUGUUUGUUCAACUCCUCAUCGUUGCAUGCACAUAUAUUUCUACCCGCAUCCUCAUCCCACGUACCCGUAUAUUUAUAAUACGAACCUAGCUCUACGUACAGACUUAAGAAUGCACACCGUCACGCUUUAUUACUAUUUUACCAUCAUCAUCCCAAUUACUACGUACAGUGGACAUUAGCUAUUAGUCUGGUAUACCUUAUUACUUGACUAGAGGAGAAGAGGCGUUAUUUUCGUUCUACUUUGAUCAAGGGAGCUGCUAGAGCUUUACCUUCCUCUACACUUAAUUUUAUUCGGAU